AUGCUGCGGGCCACUGUCAAGCUGUGCUGUGGCAUCGCCCACGACCACCUCCGCCGCCUGCCCGGCUUGAAGAUAACAGCCGUUGCGGCAAUACAGAAGGACGUGAGAGGGCUAGUGGUAAGAGGAUCCCGUCGCCUGCAUUCCAAAAUUCCCCAUUAUAUUCAGAGACUGAUGGGGAAGGAGACAGCCGCCUGCCUCGAGCCUGCUGGAGAUGUCAGCCCCAGCCAGUUCUCCAGCGUGGACCUCUUCUACAUCACCCAGGGAGAAACGGCCCUGCAGCGAGCGCUGAGCAUCCUGCAGCAGCACACCAGCUGGCAGGCAGAAACGAUGCUGGACGCCGGGGCCGCCGUGUACAGCGCCGCCCUCCCUGGGCUGGGCAAGGUGUUUCGGGCAGAGGUGGUCCUGGCUGUGCCGGUGGCGCGGCUGCACCAGGAGCUCUUUGAGAGGAUCGAGCAGAUGCCCCAGUGGAACCCGACCCUCAGCCAGGUGAAGGUGCUGCAGCGCAUCGGGACGGACACACUGGUGACACACGAAGUCACCGCUCCCAGCCCGGGCAACCUGGUGGGCCAGCGGGACUUCGUCAGCGUGCGGCACCGCGGGAGGAGGGAGACAGCCAUCUACCUGGUGGGCACCGCCACUCAUGUUGAGCCGCUGCCCUUGCAGGAAGGGUGCAUCAGGGCUGAGUCCCGGCUGAGCUGCAUCGUCCUGCAGCCGCUGGCGGGGGACCCUGGCUGUACCCGCUUCACCUGGCUCCUCAGCAUGGACCUGAAGGCAAGUGCCGCCGUCGGGACCAAAUUCAGGCUGUUUUCUCUCCCAAAGGGCUGGAUCCCCACAUCCAUCAUUAACCGCGUCCUGCCACAGUCCCAAGCAGACUUCAUCAAGCACCUCUGCCGGCACCUCUCUGCCACCGCGUGCCCCUGA